AUGGGAGGUAUGAACUAUCACAUUGAAGUUCGCUUUGAUGACGGAAUCAUAUGGAUCGCCCGCAUCCGCAGGUUCAAUGCUACUUCGCCUCCAGCAGCAUUACGAGAUUACAUCAUCCAGAGUGAGGUUGCAACCCUGAUGUUUCUUGGGCAGACCGGUGUGCCUGCUCCAAAAGUGUAUGAUUUCGCACUUGAGCACCCGGGCAAUCCUGUGGGAGUUGGAUUCAUUUUGAUGGAGAAGUUACCGGGCAAGUCUUUGAGAUGGUCCCUUGCAACUCAGCAACAACGGAAGAAGGUCAUGAGUCAGCUUGCGGAUACGUUUGUGGAGCUUCAAAAAUACCCUUUUCACCUUCUCGGUUCCCUCGAUAGCCCGGCCGCAUCUCACGUGGGCGCGUUUGCUCGAGAAUCACUGACCGACUUGCUGCAAUCCGAAAUGCAUAUCGCUGGACCCUUCUCUUCUUUGGAAGAUUAUCACAUGUCUUCACUCCGGCUCACCUUAGAUUUGAUUGUUCGAGAGGUGAUGUACUCGCAGCAAGCAGUGGAUGCCUACUUAAUCCACCGAUUUCUCAUGGACUUGGUCCCACGCGUGUUGCCUCCGGUGCGGCAUGACGAGAAAUUCUAA